AGUUGUUUACGCGGGCCGGGGAAACCGGCAAUUUCACAAUCAAAUAGAUUCUUUUACAUUUUCCAUUCUAAAGUUGCAUGAAUUGAUUGAUAUACUAGGAUUUCCUGGCAAUGGCUGCCAAAGAUUCGGAAAUCGAAGGGGUUUACUCCGUUCGGUUGGUCAUUGCGGACUUCUACAUGGAAAAACCGCAGUUCGGCCUCGAUCCCUGCUACUCAGAGCUGCGAGGAAAGGAGAUCAAAAGAGUCCCAGUCUUGCGCGUCUUUGGAGCCAAUUCCAAUGGACAGAAGACCUGUAUGCAUGUGCAUGGAGUAUUCCCAUACUUUUACAUUCCCUACGAUAAGAAGGACUUCGAGUCCCUGGAACGGGGCAUCCUGCAAAUGGCUAUGCACUUGGAUAAAGCCAUAAACAUCUCACUGGGUCAGGGCAGUUCCAACGCCCAGCAUGUUUUCAAAAUACAAUUGGUCAAGGGAAUACCAUUUUAUGGAUACCACCGCGUGGAGCAUCAAUUUCUCAAGAUUUACAUGUUCAACCCACGGUUUGUGCGGCGGGCCGCCAAUCUUCUACAAAGCGGAGCCAUUCUCAGUAAGAACUUCAGCCCCCACGAGUCGCAUGUGCCCUAUAUCCUGCAGUUUAUGAUUGACUACAAUCUAUACGGGAUGAGCUACUUGCAUGUUCCAAUGGAGGUUCUCAAGUUUCGCCGCAACAACGAAGAUGAUGUGGUUCCCUAUGCCAAUGUUAAGCCCGCUCAGCUGCUGGACGUCAGGAAUGCUAAGAAAAUGGCCUGCAGUGCGCUGGAGGUGGAUGUCAGCUCUAACUUUAUAUUAAAUCGCUUCCAAUUGGUUUCCAAAGCCAAGGGCAAUCACUCGAAUCCGGGCAUCGAGGCCAUUUGGAAUGAUGAGAAAAUUCGCCGCCAGAAACUGGUCGAAAAACACACUGCAGCUGGCGAUGAGGACAAGGUUCUAGCGGUUCCAAUCCUUCAGUUGCCACCAACACAGGAACGCACUGAAGUGGAAAUCGCCGAGAGCGAUGUCUUCUAUCGCACCGCCUUGGAAAGCAAGCUUCUUACUAUGGAUCAGUCCACUAUGUCUGAUCAAACUCUUUCGGAUCAGACCCAUAUCGGCAACGUUACAGCGCAGACCACAUUACCAACCACCAAGGAACACCGUCGCACAUUUAAUCUACAGAAACUGCUGGCUAAUGCUGUCUACCCUGAGGAAUGCUCGCAGGAUCAGCAGCAACAGUUGAUAAAUGCAUCCUUCAUACAAAACCAUGUGGCCUGCAGCAACAAUAGUAACAUUAGUAUUUUAACCACGCCGGAUCCCGAACUAGAUGAGUCUGAAAACAUGGACGAAACCCUAGUGGAUGAGGAGCUAAUCCUGAGUCUCACCCAGCCAUCUGGAGCAAUGCCCCACGAUGCUACCUUGAGAGACGAGGACCUAGAACUACUAGAUGUUCUACAGCAGCUUGAGGAGCAGAGUGGAAAUGAACAGCGUAUUGAUUUGGACAGUUCGUUGGCGCCUUUAUCACAACCACAUAAGAAAUUUGAGUUUACUCCGGAGCUGUUGGACAAAGAGAUGGCAGCUACUGCUAUUGGCGCCCAUGAAUCCUCUGAUGAGGAUUGUGAUUCUGAUGGUGCGAAUCAGGGAACAGGGCACGACUUUUCCAUGGCACUCGAUGAUAUUGAUGAACUUCUGCUUAAACUUACACAAAGUCAACCAUUGCCAAAAGUGUCGGAUCCAUCGGAAAAACUACCACAAAUCGAUGGAGCCGAUGACCAGCUUCAGCGUACACCCAAAAAGAAGAGUAGUUUGAAGUCGAAGGCAAGUCCUCCAAAAACACCCACCACACCCAAAGGCCAGCCGAGUCUACUGAGGUCACCACGCACUCCAAAAUCUAGUGCUGCCAAGAAAUAUGCACCAUUGCCUUUAUUUAUUGGGAGCAGCUCAGCAAAGAAGAGCAAUGCAGAAAUCCCGGGAAAGAUAGUAAAUCCUCGUCUAAGCUUGCAACUCGAUCAAGGUGCAAAAACUCCUGGGCCUGAGAUGUCAUUACGAAAGAAAAUUUCCAUGUCUGAGCUGCGAAGGAAAAGUGUGGAGGAAUCGAAUAGUUUUGUACGCUUACAGAAUGAAUGUACUCCCCGCCGCAGUUCUCGACGCUCGACCCGAGACUUGGACAAGACCCACGUGAUUUGUUCUUUGACACCGCGAGAUAAGAACCCAACGUUUUCUGAUAUGUUUGAGACAGCGGAUGGUCAAGAAAUAUCACCAGAGAAGGAGGAGGAAGUCGCAAAAAGGCCUCGACGAAGUACUCGACAUCAAAAUAGGGAAAUCUUAGAAGAUAAAAAAGCAAAGGAGUCAGAAACAAGUAAACCGAAACUCAGAAAAUCCAUAACAAAUAUAGAUGGGAAUGUCAAGGCACGACGCAGUGUUCGUGGUCAGGAGAAUAAAACAAACCCUUCGACUGGUCUACCAAAUAAGGAACAAGAUUCUAUAAAAAGUUUAGAAAGUAAAACUUCUAGAUCGGGAACUGAAAGGUCUAAGAAAGAGACUGAACCAAGGAUUAUCGCCGAGAUGGACAAGAAAUCUAAAAGUGUACCUGAAAAAUCAAAAGACUUGGAACCUGAAGAUGAUCGAAAUUUAAAAAAGAGUUCAAAUCCGGAGACUCCUCUCGGUGAAAAGGAUGGUGCUGAAUCUUUAAAAAGUAUCAUUAUUGAUGACCAGCCUGCUGAUUUAGAAAAUCCCAUCGUAGACUUCCAACCACCAGUAAGCGACGAUGAGAUUAUUGAAUCCGACACCGAAAACGAGUCAAUGGUAGCCAAACUGCGCAAGACCCCCAACCUAAAACGGUUGCGUAGAAGUUUCCGAACCGAAGUCCUAACCAAGACACUGACUCCUAAAACCAAAAUAGUUUCAUCGGAAAAUCAGACCACUCCCCAGCUCAGUCCGCAAAGCAACGAAAGCCAUACGCCCGAGUUAAUGAGGAGCUUUUACGAAAACUCUCUGAUUGUGAACAGUCCCUCGGUUUUCAGCGACAUGACAGAUAGUCCUCUUAUGGUCAAGGAUUCCCCUUCACCAGUUCCUGUCCAAGACGAUUCAUUCGUCAUCGCUCCUUUGGAGUUGCCACCUUCUUACGACGAGGUUCUUCGGGGCUGUCAGAAGUUGGACAUUCCGGAGUACGAGUUUCAGCAGCCGUUCUAUAGCAAUCCUGCCGAUAUAAGCAAGGUGACCGAAGUGGGGUUUCUGGUGCUCCACAUACCAGGGAACAAGCUCAACGACUGCGAGCCUUUUCAGAGUGUCUUGGGCAACGAUCGUGGACUGGGAGCGUGGAGGCGUCAGCAGCUCAUUGCCAUUGGAGGUCCUGCCAUGUUGCAGCGUCAUCGAGGCGAGCAGAGAAUGCGGGAGUACUUUACAAGUGGCCACCGAGUUGCCAUUGAACCUGCCAAGAGCGCUCCAACUCGACAGGAGGCCAAGUUGUGGCUUAAGGCCAAGGAGCUGCUCCGGCAGCGGGAUGAGCCACCAAAAGGAGAGGAUGUAGAUAGUCCGAUCAAGAUCAAGCGUCAAAAAAUCACAAUGAUGCUGCAAGCGGACGGCGGAGAUGCAGGGAGUGGUGAUGAGGAAGGUGGGGAGGAUUUAAGCUGCAGCCUGAGUCUGACUCCUCUGACCCAAGGGGUAGGCAAGGCCAAGGCAACCCCUAGAACAGCUAGAAGUCGAUUGAAAAAAGGCACAAAGCUUGACUUUACGGGAUCCCAGGAUCAUGAAGCUCCCAGUUCGCAGUCCAGUGAGCGGAGCGUCUCCAGCAGUGCUGCCCAAGCGGAACUCGAGCGUAGCUCCUUUCUACGCCAAUUGGAGGGCAAUAGUCAGCCACUACCGCAGGAUAUAAGCUUUGGUCUUAGCCACGCUACCCUGGACAACACCUUUGGUUUUAAAGUCAACCUGGAGAACCUACAGGAAGCCAAAGCGGAUGUGGAGUGCAACCACCUCACCAUAAUGACGCUGGAGGUGUUUGUGUGUACUAGAGGUGACCUCCAGCCAGACCCGAUGUAUGACGAGAUUCGCUGCCUCUUCUACGCCAUCGAGCACAGCUUGGACGACAGUCUGCCGAACAAAGCUUGCGGAUAUAUAAUGGUGAACGAUGCCCAGGAUUUCAUCAAAGAAGGAUUCGUUCACGGCCUAGAUAAGGAUAUAGAGGUGCAAGUGGUUGGCAACGAGGCGGAGGCUUUCGAAGCUCUGCUGGCGCUUUGCGGGCGCUGGGAUGCUGAUAUCUAUGCCGGCUACGAGAUCGAGAUGGCCUCCUGGGGCUAUGUGAUCGACAGGGCUAAGCACAUGUGCUUCAACAUUGCUCCUCUGCUGUCGCGAGUUCCCACGCAGAAGGUUCGCGACUUUGUGGACGAGGACAGGGAGCAGUUCACCGACCUGGACGUGGAGAUGAAACUCUGCGGCCGCAUCCUGCUGGACGUGUGGCGAUUGAUGCGCUCGGAGAUAGCUCUCACGUCCUAUACCUUUGAGAACGUGAUGUACCACAUCUUGCACAGAAGAUGUCCUUGGCAUUCUUCAAAGUCGUUGAGCGAAUGGUUUGCUUCGUCAUGUACCCGCUGGAUAGUAAUGGAGUAUUACCUAGAACGGGUACGGGGUACCCUCGCAUUGCUGGAUCAGCUAGAUCUUCUGGGUCGCACAAGUGAGAUGGCUAAGCUUAUUGGGAUCCAGUUCUACGAAGUUCUUUCACGCGGAUCGCAGUUCCGAGUAGAGAGUAUGAUGCUGAGGAUUGCCAAACCAAAGAACCUGGUGCCACUCUCACCAAGCGUCCAGCAACGCGCCCACAUGCGGGCUCCAGAAUACCUUGCCCUCAUAAUGGAGCCCCAGUCUCGCUUUUAUGCCGACCCGCUGAUAGUGCUCGACUUUCAGAGUUUGUAUCCCAGCAUGAUCAUUGGAUACAACUACUGUUUCUCCACCUGUCUGGGCAGAGUGGAGCAUCUAGGCGGGAGUUCACCAUUCGAAUUCGGAGCUUCGCAGCUACGCGUUUCUCGCCAGAUGCUCCAAAAACUUCUGGAGCACGACCUGGUCACUGUUUCACCCUGUGGCGUGGUGUUUGUGAAGCGAGAAGUUCGCGAGGGUAUUCUACCCCGAAUGUUAACCGAGAUCCUGGACACCCGUCAAAUGGUGAAGCAAUCAAUGAAGCUCCACAAGGACAACUCAGCCCUUCAGCGCAUCCUGCACUCCCGGCAGCUGGGCUUGAAGCUGAUGGCCAACGUAACCUAUGGAUACACAGCUGCCAACUUUAGUGGAAGAAUGCCCGCGGUGGAGGUGGGUGACUCGGUGGUGUCCAAAGGACGAGAGACUUUGGAGCGAGCCAUUAAGAUGGUGGAGACAAACGAGGAGUGGAAAGUGCGCGUCGUCUAUGGUGAUACAGACUCGAUGUUCGUUCUCGUCCCGGGUCGUAAUCGAGCCGAGGCUUUUCGGAUUGGCGAGGAGAUUGCCCAAGCAGUGACCGACAUGAACCCACAACCAGUGAAGCUAAAGCUGGAGAAGGUCUACCAACCUUGUAUGUUGCAGACAAAGAAACGCUAUGUGGGGUACAUGUACGAGACCCCUGACCAGGCGCAACCCGUCUACGAGGCCAAAGGAAUCGAGACUGUGCGAAGAGAUGGCUGCCCGGCAGUAGCCAAGAUGCUGGAGAAGGUGCUGCGAUUGCUAUUCGAGACCCAGGACGUCAGUCAGAUCAAGCAGUACGUUUGCCGGCAGUUUACAAAGCUCCUUUCGGGACGCGCCAACCUGCAGGAUCUCAUUUUUGCCAAAGAGUUUCGUGGUCUUAACGGCUACAAGCCAACAGCCUGCGUUCCUGCACUGGCACUUACCCGCAAAUGGAUGCAGAAGGAUCCCCGGAAAGUUCCAAGGCGCGGAGAGCGUGUACCUUUCAUUAUCGUUAAUGGCCCGCCGGGCAUGCAACUUAUCCGCCUGGUGCGCAGUCCUCACGACAUCCUGGCCAAUGAGGGCCACAAAAUCAAUGCCAUCUACUACAUAACCAAGGCCAUCAUCCCGCCCCUGAAUCGCUGCCUGCUGUUAAUUGGCGCCGAUGUCCACGACUGGUUUGCCGGCCUGCCCCGCAAGCUGCUGAUGACGCCGACAGUGGGAACGGCCAGUGAAGUGGCCGGCGGAAAAGGCACUAAAUCCACCAUCUCCCAAUACUUCUCCACAACCAACUGUGUGGUGGAGUGCGGUCGUCAGGCUAUGGCGGGAAUAUGCCCGGAGUGCCUCAAGGAUGCGGCACGUUGUGUGGUUGUCCUGUCCGAUAAGAUGGCGCGAUUGGAGAGAAGCUAUCAGUUGACCCGCCAGAUCUGCCAGUCCUGCUGCGGUCGCCUGGGAGAGCUGCAGUGCCAGUCUCUCGACUGUCCAGUUACGUAUGUGGCUGAGGGAAAACGGCGGGAUCUACAGCAAAUCGGACACUUUCGGAAACUGCUCAAUGACCACUUUUAAAAUCAAGAACAAGCAUCAUUCACAUAGGGGUGUAUAUAUAUUUCAACUUUUCGUUUUUUUACAAAAGUUAAAAUUACAUUCAUAGCUUCGGCCGGUGUUUCUAAACAUGUACAUAGCUUACGAGAAUACCUAUGCGGUGAUUCCGGUGAUUCAGUUGUGUGUAUAAUACUAGAGGAAUUGUUAACUAUUGUUAUUAUUUAAGAUUAUUCUGUUGCGAUUGUGAUUGUUAUGUGAGCCAUGGGCCAUGAGCAUGCCGAUAAUAAAUGAAUACAAUGUGUGUGCUUAAAA